UAGGCUGUCGCCCAUGCAUUGCUUCAAGAACAAGAUCUCGACCAUGCUCUUCUAUAUAGCUACUAUUAUCAUCUACGAACAGGAAGCUGUUCGUACUAUAAAAGAUAGCUUGCUUAAGCCUAAUACCUUCUCUGAAUAUUAUCUUCUGGGCUUUCCGCCUGAUAUCUCUGAGGCUAUAAAGGCCCUCUAUAAAGAGCCUGAUUUUAUAGAAAUAUACCCCGGUAUACUUUUUAAGUAUACUAAGGAAUCUAUCUAUCUAGGUUUAGAACUCUGCAGAGGCUUUAUAAUAGUUAGAGCUAUCUUAAGUAAUACUAUUAUCUUAGGAUUUAAUAUUAUUAAGCUAGAUAAACUCAGUAAGAUAUACUAUCUGCUUAAUAUUACCUUCCCUAAGUUCUAUAAAGAUAACUCUAUU